UUAUAUUUUAAAAAAAUGCCCAAUAAUGAGAAUAUUAAUGUGGAUUAUAAUCGCACUCAGGUAACAGGAUAUUUGGUACCAAGAGCAGAAACAAAAAUGCCACCACCAGUACUCUUGUGGAAAUUGGCUGCAGCUACAGGGCCAUAUGUUAGACUCGCUGCUAUAAGUGGAGCAGUAGCUGUAGGUCUCGGUGCUUAUGGAGCCCAUAGUAAUUUUUUAGAACAGUAUCCAGAGGAGAGUAAAGUUGAUCUAAAGCAAGUGUUCGAAACUGCAAGUCGUUACCACUUUGUCCAUACAUUAGCACUUUUAGGAGUGCCCCUUUGUAGAAAACCCUUCUUGGCUGCAACGUUCCUACUCUCCGGAAUAAUAAUGUUCUCUGGGCCUUGUUACUAUUUUGCAUUUACGGGUAAUAAACAGUUCAAUACACUAGCACCAAUAGGUGGAGUAUGCUUCAUAAUAGGAUGGUUAAGUAUGUGUAUUUAAAAAGUUGCACAAACAAAUAAGAUGAUACGUCUGAAAAAGGUGAUACGUGUGGAGAAAAUGGAAUUAACAAUAAGAACGAUAAUUGUAUAAAAGCCAGUGUUAAUAUUCUUUUUUUGAUAUUCGUAAUAAACUAUCUCUUCCUAAUUA